AUGAACUCAGCCAGCGAGGAAGACUCACGUUUUGGCAAGCUUUACCUUCCUUUUGCAGCUGUUCCCUCUGCACCACGUAGUGUGAUCUCCAUUGUGAACGAAACCUCUCUCGUGCUAGAAUGGAGUGAGCCACGUGACUUGGGUGGUCGUGACGACAUCUUCUACAAUGUCAUCUGUAAGAAGUGCCUGCCUGAGCGGGGAAUGUGCUCACGGUGUGAUGACAAUGUUGACAUCUCACCACGCCACCUGGGCCUAACCCAGCGCCGCGUGGCAGUCCGUAACCUACAAGCCCACACACAGUACAGCUUCGAGAUCCAGGCGGUCAACGGUGUUUCCAACAAGAGUCCCUACACACCUCAGUUCUCUGCAGUGAACAUCACCACAAAUCAGGCUGUUCACCUGUGCUGUAUUUCUGUUGACAGAUAUUAUGCAGUGUGUCGACCUCUGAGAUACAGAACAAAAAUAAAUGAUCAUGUUGCUACCAUCAUGAUCUUGGUGAGCUGGAGUGUUUCUGUCAUAAUUGCAGUUGGUGUAAUGAUUGCAGGUUUCAGCAAGAAAAAAUGUGUUGACAGUUGUCCAUUUCAUGUCAAAAUAACACCCACUUUUGUGUGCAUUGGAUCUUUUUAUCUCCCAGCAAGUAUCAUGCUCUGUAUCUACUUGAAGAUUUUGCAGGUGGCACAAAAACAGGCCCACAGAAUCCAGAACACAGCAUCUGGAGCAACUGUCAGUAAGGUGGAGAGAAAGGCCACUAAAACUCUGGCUACGGUGAUGGGAGUGUUUCUGGUGUGUUGGACUCCUUUUUUUCUUUGCCUCACCUUUCAGCCUGUGAGUAACUAUGCAAUUCCUGUUUUUGUCAUUGAAGCAUUUAGUUGGCUUGGAAGGUCAAACUCCAUGCUAAACCCAUUUGUCUACGCAUUCUUUUACAACUGGUUCAGGGUAGCAUUCAGAAUGAUCAUUUCUGGAAAAAUAUACCAAGGUGAUUUUGGAAACUUAAAGCUUCAUUAA